CCUUUGUUUCUGUAAUCGAGUGUUUGUUUUGUCCAUGCAGUCUUUCGUGAAUUCCCUUUCUCUCUCCUAAUUUGUCUUAAUUGUGUUUCCCACUCUCUCUCUCUCUAUAUUACGUGUAUAUAUAUAUAUAUAUAAGUUGUAAAUCACUACUACUACUACUGCUGCAACUUCACUCACCAAUUCUUAAUUUCCACAUACAUAUAUCUUCUUCUUCUCCAGCUACUUCAAUUUGAAUUUGAAUUUGGAUUUGGAUUUGAAUUUCAUUUCCAUUUAUAUAUUAGUUAAUUAAUUUUAUACAAAAAAUAAAGGUCAUGGCCGGCGCCGGAAGGUCUCUGGAGCAGACUCCGACGUGGGCCGUCGCCGUCGUCUGUUUCGUCCUCGUCGCAGUUUCGAUUGUCAUAGAACACAUCAUUCACUUAGUAGGAGAGUGGUUCAAGUCGCGGCACAAAAGGGCGUUGUACGAAGCAUUGGAGAAGCUGAAAGCAGAGUUAAUGCUACUAGGAUUCAUAUCACUACUGCUCACAGUAGGACAAGAUCCAAUUUCGAACAUCUGCAUUUCUAAGGAAAUUGGAGCCACGUGGCAUCCAUGUACCAAGAAACAAGAGACACUAAAGUAUCCCGCCGACAAAACCCGCCGGAAACUUCUCGCCGCCGAUGAUGACGUGUCCACCCGCCGGAUCCUCGCCGCCGGAUACGAUAAAUGCGCAGCCAAGGGUAUGGUGCCAUUUGUGUCGACUUAUGGUAUUCACCAGCUGCAUAUUUUCAUAUUUGUUUUGGCUGUAUUUCAUGUUCUCUACUGCAUUCUCACCAUGGCUUUGGGAAAAACUAAGAUGAGAAGAUGGAAAAGAUGGGAGGAAGAAACCAAAACUGCAGAGUACCAAUUCUCACACGAUCCAGAGAGAUUUAGGUUCGCGAGGGAAACCUCCUUCGGCAGACGCCAUUUGAGCUUCUGGAGCAAAACUCCAGCUUUACUAUGGAUUGUUUGUUUCUUUAGGCAGUUCGUGAGAUCUGUUCCCAAAGUGGAUUAUUUGACUCUACGUCAUGGAUUUAUCAUGGCUCAUUUGGCACCACAAAGCCACGCCAAAUUCGAUUUCCAGAAAUACAUAAAUCGGUCACUUGAAGAGGACUUCAAAGUUGUCGUUGGAAUUAGUCCACCAAUUUGGUUCUUCGCCGUAGUCUUCCUCCUCUUCAACACUCACGGAUGGUAUUCGUAUCUCUGGCUCCCAUUCAUCCCCUUAAUCAUAAUAUUGUUGGUGGGGACAAAGCUACAAGUGAUAAUUACAAAAAUGGGUUUAAGAAUUCAAGAACGUGGCGAGGUUGUAAAGGGUGUCCCUGUGGUUCAGCCUGGAGAUGACCUCUUCUGGUUCAAUCGUCCACGACUCAUUUUAUACCUAAUUAAUUUUGUGCUUUUUCAGAAUGCAUUUCAGUUGGCAUUUUUUGCUUGGAACUCGUAUGAAUUUGGAUUGAGAUCGUGUUUCCAUGAACAUGUGGAGGAUAUCAUUAUCAGAAUUGCCAUGGGGGUUCUUAUUCAAAUCCUUUGCAGCUAUGUUACUCUCCCACUCUAUGCUCUUGUCACACAGAUGGGAUCGAACAUGAAGCCAACAAUAUUCAACGAAAGAGUGGCUGCAGCCCUAAAGAAUUGGCACCACACAGCCAAGAAGCACGUGAAGCAGAGCAAGAACUCGGCUCCGGCGACCCCGACGUCGCCGGCGACGCCCUUCCACGGAAUGUCCCCGGUCCACCUUCUCCGCCACCACAACAACCGCAGCGAAACCGACAAUAGUCUCCAAGCGUCUCCCCGGAGAUUGGCCUACGAAGUCGACCAUUGGGACCCGGACGGCUCGUCGUCUCCGACCCAAUUUUACCAAACCGACGGAAUUUCGUCGACUAAUCAGCCCCCGAAUUCCGGCGCCGCCGUCGAGAUGGGUCAGGUUGAUUCCGGGCCCUACCAGAUUGUGCCGCUGCCACAUCCGCACCGGGAGAUCGAUGUUGUCGUCCGCAACGACUUCUCUUUCGAUAAAAGAUGAUGGAAUAUGCCGUUGAAGAACACAAUGUAAAAAAAAAAAGAAAUGGACAAAAUGUAACGGACAUGAUCCCAAAAUGUUUUGGGAGAUUUUCGGGCGACUCGAUGAUAUGACAUUCUGGUGGUAUGUCAUUAAUUUUAAUGAAGAUCAUUCAAAUUGAUUGAA